UAGGCCCUGGGUGGGGAGCUGCGCUAGAAGAAAGAUGGCGGCGAGCGGCAAAAGCACGAGCCGUCGGGAGUCUGUAGGUGUCCGCACAUGCGCCCCGUCUACCGGCGGUACGGCAUCGUCGUCUACGUCAACAACAACGGCGUCGUCAACAACAACAACAGCAGCAUCGUCGGUUCACCAGUGCGAGUUCUGCCCCUACCGCACAAGGAAGCGGGACAACCUCACGGUCCACCGGCGCACCCACACGGGCGAGCGGCCGCACGCGUGCCCUGUCUGCGGCAAGGCCUUCAAGCAGCUGGGCGCCCUGGCGGCCCACCGCACCGUCCACACGGGGGCCAGGCCCCACGUCUGCACCACGUGCGGCAAAGCCUUCGCCCACGCGGCGGCCCUGGCGGCGCACCGCACCGUCCACACGGGCGCCAGGCCCCACGCCUGUGCCGACUGCGGUAAGGCCUUUGCCGACUCGGGCGGCCUCCUCCGCCACCGGCGCAUCCACACGGGCGUCAGACCGCACGCGUGCCCCGUGUGCGGCAAGGCCUUCGCCCAGUCGGGGGGCCUCAGGGCCCACGCCAGGGUGCACACGGGCGAGAAGCCGUACCCGUGCGGUGUCUGCGGCAAGGCCUUCGCCCACGCGGCGGCGCUGGCGGCCCACGGCACGACGCACACGGGCGCCAGGCCGCACGUGUGCCCCGUGUGCCGGCGGGCGUUCGCGGACGCCCGCAACCUGAGGCGGCACGCGAGGGUGCACGCCGCCGACAAGCCGUACGUGUGCAGCACCUGCGGCCGGGCGUUCGCGCGCUCCGGAGACCUGCGAAGCCACCAGCGGACGCACACCGGCGAGAGGCCGUACGCGUGCGGCGAGUGCGGCGGGGAGUUCUCGCGCGCCGAGAACCUGCGCAGGCACCAGAAGACGCACGCGGCGGCCAGGGCGGCGGCCGCGGCGGCGGCCGGAUCGCCGAAAGGGACGCCGACGGCCUCCGACGUCGGGGCUCCUUCGGUCGACGUCGUCGGAGAGACGAGGAGGAAGAAGAAGGCGGCGGCGACGUCUUCGGCGGCCACUGGCGCUAGAGCUUCGCCGGGAGUGGCGCUCGAUGGUGUGGGAGAGACGAAGGCAGCCACCGCCCCCCCCACUGCCGCCGCCACCACCACCACCAGUGUCGGGAAUUUUUCACCGGGAAGGUCGCGUGAUGUGGUAGCAGGGACCGUGCCCGAUGGAGGGACGAUGCCCCCCGGUGUCAGAACAUUGCCGGAAGGCACUCUGGACGCAGUAGGAGGGACCAGGAAGACGCCACGCAGCCUCAGAACUCCACCGGCAGUGACGCUCAGCGCGGUACCAGAGACGAAGAGGACUCCCCGAGGCAUCAGAAAUUCGCCAGGAGUGACGCUCAACGCGGCUAGAAAGACAAAGGCGUUGCCCCGCGGCGUGAGGACCUCAUCGGGGGGCACGCCCGACGCGGUAGGAGAGACGACCCCGCCGGCCAGCGUCAGGACUUUACCGGCAAGGUCGCGCAAAGCGGUAGCGGGGACCGCGCCCGGUGGAAUCGCGACGACCCCCGGCGUUAGAACUUCGCCGAGAGGCGCGCUCGACGCAGUGGGAGAGACGGCGAAGACGGCCUCCGUCGGCGUGAGGGCUUCUCGUGCGGGAGUGAAGCGCGAGGCGGCGGGAGGAGCGCCGAACGUUCCGCAGGGCGGCACGGCGACCCGACGGCUGAGGGCGGCUUCCCGUCUGGCCAGCGGGUCCCUACACCCGAAACCUACGCCGGGGGGGACGAGCGAUCCGGUGCGAGGGACGACUCCCGGCUGUGAGGAUUUAUCAGCGGUGAGGCUCAACACGACGGGAGGGACGGCUCCCGGCGGUGAGAGUUUAGCGGUGGGGAGACUCGGCACAACACGAGGGGCCACUUUCAGUGGUAAUGAUGCACCAAUGGGGAGACUCGGCACAACACGAGGAGCCACUUUCAGCGGUAAUGAUGCACCAAUGGGGAGACUCAGCAUAACAGGAGAGGCCACUUUCAGUGGUGAUGAUGCACCAAUGGGGAGACUCGGCACAACACGAGGGGCCACUUUCAGCGGUGAUGAUGCACCGAUGGGGAGACUCAGCAUGACAGGAGGGACGACUUCCAGCUGUAAGGAUUUACCAGCAGGGAGACUCGGCAUGACAGGAGGGACAACUUUCAGCGGUGAUGAUUUGGCAGUGGGGAGACUGAACUUGAUAGGACGGACGACUUCUGGCGAUGAGAGUUUAGCCGUGGGGAGGCUCGACGGGAUGAGGCGAGUGCCCUGGUUGUUGGGAGAGGUGCCCGGAUUCCCGGGAGGGACAUCCGGCGUGCCAGGUGGGAAGUCCAACGUGGCAAAGCCAUGGAAUUGCGCGCCGAGCACAGCAGUAAGAGGAGGUGGGGGAGAUGGAGGGUUCCACCCCCGCGUGUUCGGAUCAGGGGGGCUGCCUGACGGCUCACCGCGGCCGCCGCCUCCGCCGCCCGACGUUAGAACGUCGCCGGGAGAGGAGGCGUUCGCUUGCCCGGCGUGCGGGGAGCUCUUCGCCAGGUGGAGGGACUGCCGCAGGCACCGGAGGACACACCGCACGUCGAUGGCGACGACGACCGGUCCGCUGGGCGCUAGGCCCGGCACUUGGGCGGCGCUACCGGUGACCGGGGAGGAGGCGUACGCCUGCGCCGGGUGCGGGGAGUGCUUCGCCAAGCGGAGGGACCUCCGCAGGCACCGGAGGGCUCGCCGGGAGGGGGGGGUGGUCGGCGCGGCGGCGGCGGUCGAUGCGGCCGCCAAGUUCCCGCCGGCGGGAGACGAGGCCCAGCUGUGCUGCGUGUGCGGCGAGGCCUUCGCCAAGCGGAGAGACCUCCGCCGGCACCUGAGGGCUCACCGCGGCGGCGGUGGCGGAAGGGCCUCGGGCGACGUGGACGACGACGCGCCGGAGCUUUUGCCGGUGCCGUUGGGGACGCCGGCCGGCACGAAAGCAUCGGCGGGAGAAGAGGCCUACCGCUGCUGCGUGUGCGGCGAGGCGUUCGCCAAGCGGCGGGACCUCCGCAGGCACCAGAGGGCUCACCGCAGCGGUGACGACGCCGAGCCGCCACCGCCGGGAGCGACGUUCGGUUUGCCGGACGUGUCGGGCGGGAGGGGCCGCCGCUGCCGCCACCACCACCACCGGUGCUCCGUGUGCGGCGGCGAGGCGUCGGCCGGGACGGCUCCCCUCGGCGCCGCCGCGCUCACGGCGAUGCACCCCUGCGAGUGCCGCAGCAGCAGGAGCAGGGGGGCGGCCGCGCCGGCGAAGAGGAAGAGCAAGAAGGUGAAGCUCGAAGAGGCGAGUUUCGCGGAGAUGACGACGAGGAGGAUGACGACGAGGAUGAGCACGAGGAUGAGCACGGCGAGGACGACUACGGCGUCGAAGCGGGAGGGCGGCCGUGGGCUGGCCGCGUGGCCGUGGGCCAAGGUGGAGCGAGGGGGUGAGGGCGGCGGACCCUUUGCCGUGUCGGUGGUGAAGCGGGACGGUGGGGGGGAGAGCUCCCACCACCAUCACCACCACCGUGUUGAGUUUGUGAGUUAACCGUCGCCCGCCGAUCCACCCACCACCAUUGUGUUGAGUUUAUAUUCUUUGAGUCUUUCGGUAAUGUCACGUCGAUAGGUUCAAAGAAAAUAACAAAACAUGAGUUAGCGGUCAGCUACCCACCCACUGCACUACACUACCCUAUACACUACGUGACUUUACGGAAAGACCGAAAGAAUAUGAAUUCCUACAGUCACGAAAGCUUUACGUCAAGAUUUUGUGUUGAGUUUGUGAGUUUAUUGUCGCCCAACCACCACCACCAGUGUUGAGUUUGUGAGUUAGCCAUCGCACUAAACUACCCUGUACACUACUACGCACGAUAUACUCUAAUACUCUAUAGACGACACGAUUAUACACUACACUAUACACUGCACCUCUCUACUACAUUGUGUAAUCGUUUCUUUAGAUCUGCUGCUGCUUGUUGCCUUUAAUAUGUUGUCCUUCCCACCGCACCUCCGAUUAGCACGGUUGGCUGCGUGCGGUGGUGUGAAAGAAGUUAAGCACGCACACAACACGUGCAAACUGGUGUAGAUAUCUCCUCUGGGCGCCUUGGGACUGUCAGGUCUGGCCAGAGGCAAUGCAACGGUCGUCACCUGCUGCCGAAUGUUGCGGUCAAAGUAAAACACGUGAUUUGGUUACGAUGGUGGUACUGCUGCUGCUGCGUUGGCACACGGUUAACGCAAUUGACGAGGGUGGUUGAGGUUUUUUCCUUUGUUGUACAGUGUGGUAACGUCGCGUUCAAUAAAGUGCAGUUUAGAUACCUUUACCUCCUUGGACCGCCUUCUUGGUUCUUUCGGUAAAGUCACGUAGCAGGGAAAUAAUACAAUAAUAAAAAUAAAACAUAAUAAAAUACAAUUCCCCUUGGACCGAUUAUGGCUUUUGUUUGAGUUAUCGAUGCUGAGAAUUGUCACACCCAGAAGGCUUCUGUGUGUGUGUGCCCGAUGGAAUGUUGUAGUGUGGCCCCCACGUGCGCGCGCGUGCACAUAGCCUGGCACAAGCGCCCUGGUGAUGUGCGUGUGAGUACAGGGACUCCUCUACUUACGAACAUUCAGAGAUACGAACAAACCUGUCCCGUAUGUCCAGUUGCCAGUUCGGAGCGAGAGUCGUGUAAGUUCGACUGCCGUGCAAUAGAUGGCGGCGGUGGUGGCAUCUACUUCUGCAGAACGUGAAGAACC